AUGACAGGGUUAUCGUUUGACAAUUAUCAGAGAAAUAGUUAUUUGACUUCAAAGUCAACAUCCCAACCAAAGGCUACUUCUACUGGUACUACUAUUGUGGGUGUUAAGUUCGAUGGUGGUGUUGUAAUUGCUGCUGAUACUAGAUCUACUCAAGGACCUAUUGUUGCAGAUAAGAAUUGUGCCAAGUUGCAUAGAAUUGCUCCACGUAUAUGGUGUGCCGGUGCUGGUACUGCCGCAGAUACCGAAGCUGUCACUCAAUUGAUUGGUUCAAACAUAGAAUUGCAUUCGUUGUAUUCUAACAGAGAGCCUCGUGUGGUGUCAGCUUUGCAGAUGUUGAAACAGCACUUGUUCAAGUACCAAGGUCACAUCGGUGCCUAUUUGAUCGUUGCUGGUGUCGAUCCAACUGGUGCCCAUUUGUUCUCUAUACAUGCUCACGGUUCCACUGAUGUGGGUUACUACCAUUCUUUGGGUUCCGGUUCUUUGGCCGCCAUGGCUGUCCUAGAAUCCAACUGGAAACAAGAUUUGACUAAGGAGGAAGCCAUCAAGUUAGCUUCAGACGCUAUUCAAGCGGGUAUUUGGAAUGAUUUAGGUUCUGGUUCCAACGUAGAUGUAUGUGUGAUGGAAGUAGGUAAAGACGCCGACUACUUAAGAAACCACAUAACUCCAAACGUAAGAGAACCAAAACAACAAAGUUAUAAGUUCGCAAGAGGUACCACUGCGGUAUUAAAGGAAAGCAUAAUAAACGUUUGCGAUAUUGACGAAGAAGAAGUUGAUGUCACCGCUUAA